CACUCCCACUAUGACGCACCUGUGCAGAAGAAGGUAACUGAGGUUCCACGGUGGGUAAUAAGACUGCACUAAAACUACUGGAUUAUCAUCGACGUCUCAUCGUAGUUAGCACGUGCUUUUGGGAGAACAUGGUCGAAGAAUACCUCACCGUCGCUGUAUUGUGUUUCUUUUGCAUUUCAGGAGUAGACAACAAGGACAUGACUAAUGGGUUAAAACUUUCCAAUUAUUCCAUUGUUCAACCUCAACUGCUUCUUACAAAGCUUCAACAAUCUGACGAGGAGUAUAAAUCAUAUGAGCUAAAAAUAGAAAACAGAGCUCACGUCCUUCAUCUCAAGAGGAACAGAGACUUUUUACAUCCAGAUUUUGUUCGGGAUACGUUUUACGUCUCUGGUAAUCCCACAAGAACCCACCCAAAACAUGUGCAUUGUUAUUACCACGGAGAGGUGGAAGGCUACGAGGAUUCGAUGGUGGCGCUCAGCACGUGCUACGGAUUGAGGGGUGUGAUCCUUUUUGCAAACGAGAGUUAUGGACUCGAGCCUGUGCCGCAGUCUGCCAGCAACGAUCACCUUCUUUACCGACUGGCCGAUAUCCAGACGGACUCUGUCGCCUGUGGCGUCAUCCACGAGGCCGUGCCUGCCCCGAACCGUGAACCUUUUGAGCCCAGACACGUCAUCUCAUCUCUGCUGCGGAGGAAACGCAAUUUACCUCAGACGAGAUACGUGGAGCUGGUUUUGGUUGUGGAUGAACUCCGGUAUCGGUUCAAGCAAGAAAAUGAAACUGCGAUACAAGAGGAGAUGGUGGAAAUGGCCAACCUGCUUGAUGGGUAUUACAAGCCGCUGAAUAUCCGUGUGGUGCUAGUGGGCCUGGAGAUUUUUAGCGAGGGCAACCCUUUCGCGGUGGAGGGGUCCGCAGGCGCCGUGCUGCGGAACUUCGUCAAGUGGAGGAAGUCCACCUUGUUGCCGAGGAACCGGCACGACAUUGGUCAGCUUGUGGUCGGUCGGGCAAAUUCAUUCCCAGGAGGUGUGCUGGGCAUGGCCUUUGUUGGCACAGUGUGUUCGGCGACCAGCUCUGGAGGAAUCAGCGUGUUUGGCGACGACUCGCUUGUUUUUGCCUCCACCAUUGUGGCCCAUGAGAUGGGUCACAACCUGGGCAUGAACCAUGAUGACAACCGCUGCAACUGUGAUGGAGGAAGCUGCAUCAUGGCAGCCAGCGCAAGCGGCGCCACAAGUUUCAGCCGGUGCAGCGGCGAAGAUUUUGAGGCGCUCAUCCUCAGGGGACGAGGGGUGUGUCUGAUAAACCAGCCUUCCCUUUCGGAUGUCAUUGGCACCUCGCAAUGUGGUAAUGGCUUGUUGGAAGAAGGCGAGGAGUGUGACUGCGGCACCCCAGAGGAAUGCCAGAAUAGAUGUUGUGUUGCUGCCACUUGCAAACUCAGCACUGGAUCCUCGUGUGCUCAGGGGAGUUGCUGUAAUGACUGUCAGUUCAGAGUUGCUGGGACACAGUGCAGGGGGUCUGUCGACGCGUGCGAUCUUCCCGAGUUCUGUAAUGGCACCAGUGCCUUCUGCCCCAACGACUUCUACAUCAUGGACGGCCUGUCCUGUCAGAACAACGCGGCGUACUGCUACGAGGGCCGAUGCCAGACAUACGACUCCCAGUGCCGAGGUCUUUUUGCACCAGAUCCGGCGACAAAGGCGUCAGAUGUUUGUUUUCUGCAUGCAAACAUGCAGGGCAACCUAUUUGGGAACUGUGGGAUCACCAGCAGUGGAGAUUACAUCAGAUGUGCGGUGGCGGACGCCAUGUGCGGAAAAGUGCAGUGCACUAAUGUGGACGUCAACCAACCGCCUCCAGGCGCCCACGUCAGUAUCCAGGUCAUAAACGGGUCCAGGUGUGUCAACGCCGACUUCAACCUCGGGCCAGAUGUGCUGGAUCCUGCCUAUGUUAACCCCGGGAGUCCGUGUGCUGAAGGCAAAACCUGCCUCGAUUUUAGGUGCGUGAAUGCCUCGGCUCUGCUUCCCAACUUAGCAUGCGAUGCCCAGACGACUUGCAACGACCACGGGGUAUGCAACGACCAAGGAAACUGCCACUGCGACGAUGGUUGGAGCCCGCCAAACUGUAACCGUGCGGGGGGAGGCGGCAGCAUCGACAGCGGUCCCACCAAGAUAGACUACUCACUCAGAAACGGCCUUUUGAUCUUCUUCCUGCUCGUCGUGCCUGUGCUGGUUCUUCUUGUUCUGGUGCUGCUCUUCCUCUUCAGGAGGGAUGCAUUCAACCCGUGCCUCAAACAGGUUCGCCGUUUCAGGCCACAACAUUCUGGACACGGCAGCGCUAAUCAACAUUCAAACGGCAAUACCGAGACGCACGCUACCACUCGUAUCCCAGACGAUGUCCCUCCACAGAGGCUUCCAUACUCGCCGGCUACUUCAGCUCCGAUUUCUGGUUUCAGGUAUGGAGAAGGGGAUCAUUGGAAUGCUGAUUUGAACACUAACUCUUCACACCAUUUGGCUCCCAGACAGGGGCCCGGAGUCCCGAAAGCGAUUCCCUCCCCGCGUCCACCAAACUAAGAUUUUUUUUUUGUGUGUGUAUGUGUGUGAAUUUCAAAUGUAAAAAGUUGUUUACAGCUCAGAUGAAUGCACUCUUAAAUCCGCAGAAUGUCAUGUGUAUCACUAAUAUUUAUUGGAACGUAUGUAAUUCAGUUGUUAGUUACUUAUACUGUAUAUAUUGUAUAGUUUUGGAACAAUUUUAAUGUUUUUUUGAAUUAAAGGAAAUUUCAAUUGUAAU